GCAUCCCACCCACGCACAGCACUAUUGACACGUCACUUGGCCCAGUGCAAGCCGGCGUGAAGUCAGCAUCCUUUCCUCCAUUUCUCCUCCGGUUCUCCCCCUUUCUCCUCCUCUCACCAUUCUAAGGGCGUGCUUGUUCCGUAGCUGCCUCGCCCCGCUCGCCUCGCUAGGCAAGGAGAGGCAAAGCAAGGAAGGAAGGGCGUUUGGUUUCCCUUUCCUCACCUCCCCUACCUCUCCUCUUCACCGACGGUCAAGGGCUUGCUUUGAGCGGCGCCCGAGCUGAGUUCGGUGCCGUAGGGCCCUGCGCGGAGGAGCUCGGUUUGGGAAGAGCUCGAUUCGAGCGAGCAGCACCCCGACCUAAGCAAGGAAGGAAGGCUGUUCCAAUCCAAACCCUAGCACUCCUCCGCCCGGACCCGGAGCCGCGGCGGCCGCUCCCGGUGGCGGGCGGGCUGGCGGCGGCGAAGGUGUUGUCCCUUUGAAGCCUUCUUCCGGGGAGGCGCAUCCGGGGGUAGGAUUUCUUUUGUCGGGUUAACCCGGAGAUGCUAUGUUUGGAACACAAAAGCUAUAAACUGGAGUUUAUGUUGAUAUUAUUUUUAGCCAAGACAGCUUGAUGGAACCUAGGAAAGAUGUUCGCUCUGCAGCUCAAAGUACCGUGCGUGGAUCCUCAAGCUCAGCAUGUAUCAGUUCUCCGGUUCCAGAAUACCCUAAUGCAGGCACCAUGAAGCCUGUCCUUAAUUAUUCAAUUCAAACCGGGGAGGAGUUUGCUCUUGAAUUCAUGAGAGAUCGAGCAAUAUCCAAGAAGAAUCUUGUCCCUGGUAUGUCCCAUGACCAAAAUGUUGCACCUGGUGUGGUUCACAAAGAUUCUAGAGGAAGCCUUGGUGCUCAUCAUACAAGAGCGGAAACUAGAAUCGAUGCAGCAAUUUUUUUGACCUCGGAUAAUCAGGAAACAGAUGUUCAAGGAAAACCUUUCACUGUUAAUGAAAAUAGGAGUAGGCACAUGUCAGCUAUGUCAGUUCCGCGAGUUCCAUCUGGUGGUGGUAGUAGUCAUGGACUGUCUCUUGGCUAUGCUUCUUCUGAGGCUUCAGACACUUCCAGAAGGAUAAAAAUCAUCUGUAGCUUUGGGGGGAAAAUAUUGCCCCGACCAAGUGAUGGAAAGCUUAGGUAUGUUGGUGGUGAGACACAUAUAAUUCGGAUCAAUAGGAAUAUUUCUUGGCAGGAGCUUAAACAGAAGACAACUGCCAUCUAUAAUCAACCUCAUGUUAUCAAGUAUCAGUUACCAGGUGAAGAUCUUGAUGCCUUGAUCUCAGUUUCAAAUGAUGAAGAUUUGAGAAACAUGAUGGAAGAAUGUGUCUUCCUUGAUAAUGGGGAUGGGUCCCAGAAGCUUAGGAUCUUCCUCGUUUCCUCUAUCGAUUUUGAUGACAUGAGUUUCAGCCUGGGCAGUAUGGAUAGUGACUCUGGAAUCCAGUAUGUUGCUGCCAUCAAUGGAAUGGAUGGGGGAUCUGUGAAGCCUUCAAGUGGGCAUGGUUUUGUAAACACAUCCAUCAAUGAGUUGGAUGAGUUCAUUAAUUUCAAUAUUGAUAGUAGGCAGGCAGAUUCAACCAGAGACCGUUCAAAUUUGGAUACAGUGAAUGCACCAAAUUUGGUCCCUCCUGCUAUGCUCCCAAGUCCAAUGCCAUCGGGUCUAUCCGGUGAUCGUUCAGCAAAUUUGCAUUCUUACCGUAGCCAUGAGAUGCAGCAUGUGCAGGGUUCUGAUUCCUCUUAUCCAACUUACAAUGAAAGAUUUCAUGACAUUGAGAGCCAGAUUUCUAUACCUCUAUCGGCACCGUCUGAUUGCAGAUAUACCUCCCAGUAUGCUCCUUACUCAGGAACUGCUUCAUUGCGUUCUUUUGAUCAUCAGUCUAAUCAGGAGGUCAUGACGGAAGGAUCAAUGAAAAAUGAAAAACAGGCUUCUGGUAAAAUGACUCAUCAAAAUAGUGAAUUCGAUUAUUUUCAAUCCCUUGAAAAUCUGAAUUCUAAUACUACGCAUCAUGACUCAUCUAUUUCAAAUUAUAUGCAUUCAGGGCCCCCCCUUAAUGCUUCUGUUCAAGAAGGUCUAGCGAUUUCUCUCCAACCAAGUGACAGUGUAAAGAGCCUAGAGACUUGCACAGCGCCAAGAGCUAGGUCUACAGCACAGGGUUCAGAGAUGAGUGAAGAUGACCGCCACUCUAGUGGAGCGUUUCCAUCAGGCUUUUCGGACUUUCAGACUGAUACGAUGGAUCACAGUUAUAAGAAUCCACCACCUCACCCUGGACGAGUCUUUCAUUCUGAGCAGAUUCCAAGGGAGCAAGCAGGUUUUCUGAACCGGUUAUCUAAAUCUGAAGAUUCACUUAAUCCUCAAUUUCUAAUUCUUCAAUCGCAGUCUUGUGUUGAAAAUGAGUACACUGAAGGAAAUACCGACCCUGCAUCUGAGGGGACUGAAAGAUCAAAUUUAGCAGUUCAGGCAAUAAAUUUGAACGAUCCAUCUGUGGAUGAUAGUCUCAUACAGUUCGAGAAAGAAUUUACCAAUACUGUACAACAAACAUCUCCGUUUGGUGAACAACUACUUGGUGAAAAGAGGUCCUCGAAUGACAUGAGUUGUAGAAAUGCAGAGAAAAUUACCCAUGCAACUGAAAAGGUUGUAGCUAGAGGCCAACCGAAUGAGAAAACUUCUCAUGAUGCAGAAACAACUGACCAGAUGGAAUCUCAUGCUGCUGCACUCCCAACUGAUGUCGAAUCUGAUCCUGUUGUACCAUGUUCCACCAGCUCCGUGGAUGCUUCUCACAAGGGACCUAUUGUCCCAAACACAGAGAAUACAGAUAUUGCUGGUGGUACCGAUGAGAGGAUCUCCCCUGAUAUUCUUUCUGAUUUCUUUACAAAUGCCAAUGCUGCAGCACAGUCAACCAGUCCUUUUAUUGAUGCAGUCCAUAGCUUGAACAUGCCUAAUUAUGAACCCCAGCGGUGGUCAUUCUUCAGAAAUCUUGCACAAAACGAGUUUCCACAAAAAGAUAAGGACCAAGACCUGGAAAAGAUAGAGGAGGGAGUUUAUCCAUUUGCACGUUUAGAGCAUGAUGCAACUAAUGUGAAGAAUUUGGCUGAUCAGAAUAAUUUUAAUGUGGAAACACAAGCAGUACCUUCCCGCACGAAUGUUGAUUCAAGCAUUUCACCUCCAAGUUUUAUCUCAUCACAGAUCGACAAUCCACCGAUGAUGAAGAAUGUUGAAGGCUUUCAGGUUGACAAUCCUUUUACAAAUGUGCGUGAGAUGAUGCCAUCUCUUCCUGAGUUUGAGGAACCUAAGACCGAAGAGGGUAAAGCUGUUGGACCAGUCAUGGAUGCUUCCUUUAAAGAUAAUGAUUUUGAAUACUUGCAGAUCAUCAAGAAUGAAGACCUUGAAGAGCUUAGGGAACUUGGUUCUGGCACAUUUGGAACUGUGUACCAUGGAAAAUGGAGGGGAAGUGAUGUGGCCAUUAAGAGAAUAAAGAAAAGCUGUUUUACAGGAAGAUCUUCAGAGCUAGAAAGACUAGCACAUGAAUUCUGGCGGGAAGCUGAGAUUCUCUCGAAGCUUCAUCAUCCAAAUGUUGUGGCUUUUUAUGGUGUUGUAAAAGACGGGCCAGGUGGUACCUUGGCGACUGUGACUGAGUUCAUGGUUAAUGGUUCUCUUCGACAUGUUUUGCAACGCAAGGACAAAUAUCUUGAUCGUCGUAAGCGGCUUAUCAUAGCAAUGGAUGCAGCAUUUGGCCUAGAGUAUCUACACUCGAAAAAUAUUGUGCACUUUGAUUUGAAGUGUGAUAACUUGCUCGUAAAUCUUAAAGAUCAAUCGCGUCCUAUAUGUAAAGUUGGUGACUUUGGCUUAUCCAAAAUAAAAAGAAACACACUAGUUUCAGGUGGUGUGAGGGGCACACUCCCAUGGAUGGCCCCAGAAUUACUCAGUGGAAGCAGCAAUAAGGUGUCUGAGAAGGUUGAUGUAUUUUCCUUUGGUAUUGUAAUGUGGGAAAUCCUCACUGGUGAAGAACCUUACGCCAACAUGCAUUAUGGUGCUAUUAUAGGGGGGAUUGUGAACAACACACUGAGGCCGCCUGUACCAGCAUCGUGUGAUUCGGAGUGGAGAAGGCUAAUGGAGCAGUGUUGGUCCCCGGAUCCGGCACAGCGCCCAGCAUUCACAGAGAUAGCUGGACGACUUCGCUCCAUGUCCGUUGCGGCAAAUCAGGCGAAGGUGACCAAAUAAAGUGUGCAGGCGGAGCAUUCCCCUUUAGGCUCCAAUUUGUAGUUUUCUUUUUCCCUUGGAGGGUAAUAUAUACAUGUAUGUUAUCGAGUUGUGUAAAAAUGAGUGCUUUGAUUUAUACCAUCUCAUGGGUUGGGCUGUAUCCUGACUCUAUUUGGAGGUUGUGAUGUGUAGAACUUUAUAUGGAAUUUGGAGAAUGGUCAUUGACAGGUGUUACUCCAUAAACAGAAAGCAGGGUUGUAAUGUACUCAAAACUGUGAAUAAGAAGCUCCUACAACUUUGCAAAAGAGUAUAUAAAAAGUUUCUGUUUAAGCA